AUGGGGGUACAUGGAAGAAAGACGAGUUCAUCUGCGUUCUGUGCCUGCGUUCUCUCUUUGCUUCUGGCGUCCUUCUCAACGUCUCCUCCCAUCCUUCCCGUGUCAUGUCAGAUUGCAGAAGUCUCUCAGCUCAUCUCAAAUGCGUUCAGUCCGCUUGCCCGUCUCCCAAUAGACUUCUUGAGCGGCGGGUCCUCGAGUGUAACAGCUCGGGGCGACGAGAAAGCUGCGGAGAACUCCGCAGCCAGCAUGCUUACCGCAUACCUAAAUGACAGUGCAAUCUUAAAUUCCACAAUUCAGAGCGGACAAAAAGUUCUGCGGACCGUGGCUCAAACUGCGAACUCGAUUCUUCCGGGUGUGCUUCAAGAAGGCAUCCUGCUGCCCGCAGAAGAUGGCAGAAGGCGAGCCGUCUCGUUCAGCGCCUUCAGCAUUUCCCCCUUGGAUCAAGCGAUUAUCAGCGCUGUCGGAGAGGUCGGCUCUUUCCACUGGACUGGCCAACAACAGUCUGCAUCGGUGGAAGCGGGUCCCUCUGUUGAGUCGCGCGAACUGCGGAAACUGAACCUUGCACUAGGGCUGCACGGUCUUCCGCCUCUUCCGUUUGCUCCACGGAAAAUCAACCAAGCGUCUGAGGCAGAGGAGGUGUCUGUCGAGGUUCUCAUUGACAACGUGAUCCGCGGAGAGCCUCUCUCCAGAGAAACUCUGAAGCAGUACAGAGACGUCGUCGGUGCGUCGAUUUUCAAAACCAUGCAACUGCCGCCGGUGGCGAUGCCAGGCGUCAGUGAGGGUCUAGCGGCAAGCCCUUGGUCUUCUCCUCAUCGAACAGGCUUCGCUCAGGCCAGUUCACCAUACAGAGGCCCGGAUGGAUCGCGACGGCUGACACACAAUUUCCUCAACCGAGCAGUGAUUGCAAACAAUCCAAUCACGCUUUUUUACACGGCGGACCAGAAGUACCUCUGGGGAAGCAGCUGGACAACCAUAUUCAAGGUGGCGCGUGGGAAGUCGUCUCUCCGCCUCGUUGAUUACGUCGCGAAGCCUGUAGAAAAAGUGUUCGCCGACAAAUUUCAUGGCGCAUAUGCACUCUUGACCAAGGAGGAGAUUUUCGUCGUCUCUUCCGGAGACCACCUUGAAGCAUACUACGACAAGCCGGGCACGAAUGGAGAGCAAGUCAUGAUGCAUCCGGAGAAAUUUGACAUCACAAACGAGCUGGCGAGUGAAAUCCGGUAUCCUCAGAGACCCGAAGAAGUUAUUCGCGCUCUCUGCAUGAGUAGCGACGGACACAUUGUAUGGGCGACGAGCCAUGGCCGCGUCGGCGUUUUGAACAGAAACAUCAAAGGAGGAAGCUUCCAGCGGUCGCUGGAUUGGUUGAUGCUUGGAACGUCUGUGGGUUACGACAGAGAUUUGGAGGUUUCGAACAACAUGGCCUGCGACGACGAGGGCGGGAUUUACGUUGUCUCAGACAAGUUUAUGCACAGAGUCGACUGGGAUGGACGGCGCCUAAAGAUCAGGUGGGAGAAGCCGUACGCAACAUCGGCGGUGGCUGGCACACAGCAAGUGCGUCUCGGCGCAGGUUCGGGCAGCACGCCGUCGAUUAUGGGUGAAAAAGAUAAGAAGUACGUCGUGAUCACCGAUGAUGCCGACGUGAUGAACGUGCUGAUUAUGGACGCCGCAAACGGUGACAUCAAGGCUACACAUCCUAUCAACUUUGGCGACAAACAUGCAAAACACACCAGCAGCGAGCAGUCAGUGCUGGUCCAUGGAUGGCGACUGGCUGUCGUGAACAACACGCCGACGGAAGAACUGAAGCAAACCCCAAACGUCCUGAAGAUGUUCGGAAGCCCUGCAGCACUGCUUCUCGGUGGCGGCGAAGUUCCUACAAGAAUAGCCGAGACGCUGACCAACGCGUGGCCUGUCAUCGUGGGAGAUGCGCCGAAGGGCGUGGAGCAGCUCGAGUUCGACCCUGAUGAUAACACACUCCGGGUCACCUGGGUAAACAAAGAAGUGUCCAUUCCCAAUGGUAUUCCGACCAUGAGCGCGACGGCUGGACUGAUGUACGGCAUCGGCAAAAGAGGACAAUUCGGCAGCGAAGCUGCACCCAUGCGAGGCAUGUGGACGCUCGAGGCGCUCGACUGGUGGACAGGAGAAUCCAAGUUCUACUACAACAUCGGAGUGGGGCCAAUGGUCAAUUCCAUCUACGCCGCUACACAAGUCGGACCCGGGGAAAUCAUCACUGGCACUGCGACAGGAAUUGUGCGGAUCAUGGAGGUUUAA